GGUGCGGGCGGCACAAUCAUCUGUUGUCGUAAAAGUAGUCUGACUUGCAACUUUAUUUGGCAACUUUUAUUUCACUUAUAUUGACAAUUAAAUUCAAUUUUUUAAUUAUAAUAAGUGUUUUCAAUUUGUAUUUGUAAAAAAUAGUGAAAAAAAUGCCACAAUAUUCAAUUAAAGUGAAAUGGGGCAAGGAACUUUUUCCAAAUGUAGAAGUUAAUACUGACGAGGAACCAAUGCUAUUUAAAGCACAACUUUUUGCAUUAACGGGUGUUCAACCAGAAAGGCAAAAAGUUAUGCUUAAAGGAAUGACGCUUAAGGACGAGGACUGGGGAAUAAUGAAAUUGAAGGAUGGUGUUACUGUAUUGAUGAUGGGCUCGAAAGAAGAGGAUGUUCCAAUGGAACCAACGGAGAAACCACUUUUUCUCGAGGAUAUGAAUGAAUCGGAAUUGGCAACUGCAUUAGAUUUACCAGCAGGUUUAACUAAUCUUGGUAAUACGUGUUAUUUAAAUGCAACUGUUCAAUGUUUAAAAACAGUACCCGAAUUACGUGAUGCAUUAAAAAAAUUUUCCGGUGGACUUGCACCAAGCAGUAAUACAUUUAUUGUACCUGCUCAAAGUAUUACAGCGUCACUUCGUGAUUUAUAUGAGGGAAUGGAUAAAGGCGCUUCCUUGCCACCUGUUGUUUUAGUUCAAAUGGUGCAUUUGGCGUUUCCACGUUUUGCCGAGAAAUCGGAACACGGUGGUUUUCAACAGCAAGACGCAAAUGAAUGUUGGACUGAAAUUAUACGAAUGUUGAAAGAAAAAUUACCACCAAAGGAAUAUCCAAAUGAAAUUGGCGAUGGUGAGCAGAGAAGUAAACAUUCUUCAUUGAUUGAACAAUAUUUUGGUGGGACAUUUGAUACGGAAUUGAAAUGCAUCGAAUCGGAGGAAGAGACACCAUCUAAAGGAAAAGAGGAUUUUUUGCAAUUGAGCUGUUUUAUUUCAACUGAUGUUAAGUAUAUGCACUCUGGACUCAGGAAUAAAAUGCAGGAACAAAUUACGAAACAUUCAUCAACAUUAGGACGAGAUGCAAUAUAUACUAAAACGUCGAAGAUUAGCAGGCUGCCAGCGUAUUUGACGAUACAAUUUGUUCGUUUUUAUUAUAAAGAAAAAGGAGCGAUAAAUGCAAAGAUACUUAAGGAUGUGAAAUUUCCUCUUGAAUUCGAUGCUUUUGAAUUAUGUUCACCUGAAUUGCAACAAAAACUUAUUCCAGUUAGAGACAAAUUCAAGGAACUCGAGGACAAACAAGUUGAGGAGGCGAGAAAUUUAAAGGAUAAACGAAAUAAAGGCGACGAAAAGGAGGAGAAAACAAAACAAGAACCCUUCUGUUUUGAAAAUGAUCUUGGUUCGAAUAACAGCGGUUAUUAUACAUUACAAGCAGUUUUAACGCAUCAAGGUCGUUCGAGUAGCAGUGGACAUUAUGUUGCCUGGGUACGUCAAAAAGGUGACACUUGGAUAAAAUGUGACGACGAUAAUGUCAGUAUAAUAACAAGUGAAGAUGUUUUAAAAUUAAGCGGCGGUGGUGAUUGGCAUUGCGCCUAUGUACUACUCUAUGGACCUCGUCUUCUUGAAAUUCCAAUUCCCGAUGAAAAUCCUACUGAAUAACCAUUUUUUUUUUCUCCUGUUUUAUUUUUAAUACUCGUUCUGGAGUUACAAUUUAUAACAAUUUUUAUAUAAUUAGGCUAGUUAAAUUAAUUAGAAGCGGAAAAAAAUUUGAGAGACUGAUCCAAUAAAAAAAAAAAAAUGAUGGCAAAAUAGUUACAUUUUUCAAUGUGCGACGAGCUUUAAAUCUUAAAUGAAAAAUGUCAACUAUUCCAAUUAUUCGUCAAAUAAUAAAUAAUAUCUAAUUAUUCUGUGAAUAAUAAUAAAAAAAAAAAAAAAGUUUAUAAAAGUCUGAAUUUUUGGAAUUGUAUAACAUUUUAUUUUAAUGUUUUGAGAGUGUACUGGCGAUUGUUUGAAUGCUUUAAUGUUAAUUAUAAAUAAAUAAGCGGAAUUUAUAACACGACGCGAAUAAAUAAUUAACAUGUUUGAUAAAAUUGAUAUAACAAGCCAAACUUGGAGUUUUUUUUUUCUAAUCUCUGAAAGUUAAUUUGAAUUUUCCCGCUUUUGUACAGUGGUUUUAAAAAUGGCCGUGUACUCCACGCCUUUUUUCCACGAAUAAAACCGAACAUUGCCGAAGACAUUCCGUUUGAUACCACCUUCAGGAUGGGUGUUUUCACUUUGUACAUCUUGUGAAAUAAUUGCGAAAAAACGCCUCGAAAACAAUGUCUUGAAUCUUUAAAGAAAAGUUUUAAUGGUGCUUGUGAUUUUCCCGUGUAAUUCGCUUUUGAUCUACUGUAUUUAGUUUGACAUUUUAUUGUCUCCCUGUGUCGUUUGACGGAUCGGUGUGUUGAUUUCUGAAGGUACAAUGGCGAUUUCUUGCCUUCAACUAAUUCAUACGGAAAAUUCAUCAACAAUCAAAAAAACAUUUUCGCAAUUUAAAUGUGUGUGUUCCAUUUAAAAAUUUUUUAUUUUAAAUUACAAUUUAUUUUUUAAAAAGUUAAAUUGGUGCUAAUCACAAAUAACAAAAAAAAAAGAAAA